AUGGCAAAUUUUGAAAAUGAUAAGCUUCCGAUGCUGUCAGACACAGAUUCACAACCAUAUUAUGAACCCUCGGGUUCUAAAUUCAAAAAGCUUCUAUCCAGGACAAAAAGUGCACAAAUUUCUAUUCCUAUGAGCUCCUUGGAGUCAUAUGAGAGAGAAACUGGUCACGUGGGACAUACUGGUCCUCUUUGGAGUGAGAGAAAAAAUCCCUAUAUGCAGAUGAGUGGUCCACUAUAUGCUACCACUGGAAAUGGAAAUCUUUUGCAGCAGAGUUCAGUUGUAGCAGGAAACAAAGCAGAGGAGAGAAAGACAGAAAAUGUUGCUACGUUCCAUGGCACAGGUUCAAACUACUGGAAUAAUAACUAUGAUACAAAAAAUGAACACUUAAUGAGGUCUGGACAACUGGGAAUUUGUGAUGAUCCUUAUUGUACUACUUGCCCUACUUCCUUCAAGGCUUCUCAGCUAAGAAAUCCAAAACCUUCAACUAAAUUUGAUCCCAAGUUCCACAAUGCUCUAUACGGGGAUGCAAAGGGUUUUGCAAGAAAAUUCUUUUCUUUCUGCUCUUCUUUUGGUCCUGGAGUUAUGAACCCUCACACUAAAUUUGUACAACAUUGGAACAAGGGUUUGGCCAUUUUUUGCUUGGUUGCUAUUUUUGUGGAUCCAUUAUUUUUCUUCUUACUCUAUGUGCAGCAGGAUUAUAAUUGUAUUGUUAUCAACUGGAAUUUGACAAAAGCACUUGUCAUAGUUAGAAGCUUGAAUGAUUUUAUAUAUUUCUUUAACAUUCUUCUCCAGUUUAGGUUGGCUUACGUUUCUCCUGAGUCAAGGGUGGUUGGUGCUGGAGAUUUAGUUGAUCAACCAAAGCAAAUUGCUCUUCAUUACCUGAAGGGUUAUUUUCUUAUUGACUUGUUUAUUGUAUUUCCUCUUCCUCAGAUAAUGUUAUUGCUUGUACUACCAAAAUCCUUGGGAGGAGCAAAUUAUGCUAAGAAUCUUCUGCGUGCAGCAAUCCUAGUGCAAUAUAUUCCCAGACUAUUCAGGUUUCUUCCUCUACUAAUUGGCCAGUCUCCAACAGGAUUCAUAUUUGAGUCAGCAUGGGCAAAUUUCGUUAUAAAUCUUCUCAUUUUCAUACUAGCUGGCCAUGUUGUAGGCUCUUGCUGGUACCUCUUUGCUCUACAGAGGGUUAAUCAAUGUUUGAGAAAUGCAUGCCAUAGUUCUACUAUACCUGGAUGCCUGAACCUCAUUGAUUGCGGACAUGGUUAUCAUGGAAACAAUCAGCCUGGCCUAACAUCAGAGCAGUGGAACAAUAAUACAGAUGCUAUUGCUUGUUGGAAUUACCCUUCCAAUGGUACUUUUGUAUAUGGGAUCUAUGCCAAUGCUGUACCUCUUACUAUACGAACAGACAUGGUGGCCAAAUACGUGUAUUCUCUAUUUUGGGGGUUCCUGCAAAUCAGUACUCUGGCUGGUAAUCUAUUGCCUAGCAAUUUUGUGUGGGAAGUGCUUUUUACUAUAGCCAUCACGGCAUUAGGACUCUUGCUUUUUGCACUUCUCAUUGGAAACGUACAGAACUUUCUUCAAGGUCUUGGACGGAGGAGUCAAGAAAUGCAACUUAGAAGCCGCGAUUUUGAGCGAUGGAUGAGCCAUCGUCGCUUAUCAGAAAAUCUAAGAAGGAGAGUAAGACAGGCUGAACGGUAUACUUGGGCUGCAACAAGGGGAGUAAAUGAAGAAAUGCUUAUGGAGAAUUUGUCAGAAGAUCUCCAGAGAGAUAUAAGACGUCAUCUCUUCAAAUUUGUUAAGAAAGUUCGAAUUUUUUCACUGAUGGAUGAGCCUAUCUUGGAUGCCAUUUGUGAGAGACUAAGACAAACGACAUACAUCCAAGGAAGCAGAAUUCUGAGUCUUGGUGGUCUGGUAGAGAAGAUGGUAUUUGUGGUACGUGGGAAAAUGGAGAGCAUAGGAGAAGAUGGAACUAGAGUUCCCUUAUCAGAAGGUGAUGCAUGUGGAGAAGAACUUCUGACAUGGUAUCUUGAACAUUCUUCUGUCAGCACAGAUGGUAGAAAAGUAAGGCUUCCAGGACAAAGGUUGCUUAGCAGCAGGACAGUAAGGUGCUUAACAAAUGUGGAGGCCCUUUCACUCAGAGCUGCAGACCUUGAAGAAAUCACAAUCCUUUUCACAAGAUUCUUGAGGAAUCCACGUGUUCAAGGAGCCAUAAGGUAUGAAUCACAUUAUUGGAGAUCCCUAGCGGCAACCAGGAUUCAGGUUGCAUGGAGAUACAGGAAUAAACGUCUAAAUCGUGCUGAUUCCUCACUAUCAGAUUAAACAUUUGAGGUCAUAUAUGGGUUGCACUGCUAUGUCUGAAUUUUGGGACACACUUUGUACUCAAUCCAACAGAAUAUCAUAGAUUCACCAACAUGUUACCCACCUACAAAGUUGUCCUUUUUGUAAUUAAACAAUAAUGGGAAAAUUACUUCUACCUCCCCAGUUCACUCUCUAUUUACACUUUUGA